UACUUUCUACCGAACUCCAAUCAAGAUGGGCAUAGGCUGGGGGGUACGAAUACCACUAUGGAUACCAAUAUUAGUGAUCACCUUUAUGCAGAACAAAGUCAAAGCACAAUAUGAGGACCAACAAGCAAAUUAUGAUGACUAUAAUUAUGUCCAGCAGGGACAAGACUAUUUUUCUGUACCAGUAACUAAACCACAAGAAGUGACAAUCAUCCAACCACUGAGAACGACACUGCCCAUAAAGCCUGGCAACCCUGCUCACAAUGGACGUGUGUGCAGCACCUGGGGAAACUUCCACUUCAAGACCUUUGAUGGGGACAUCUUUCACUUCCCUGGGCUCUGCAACUAUGUCUUUGCAUCCCACUGCAAAUCUGCCUACGAGGACUUCAACAUCCAGAUCAGGCGCACCGUGCUGGAAAACUCUCCUGUGAUCAGCCAUAUCACCCUGAAGCUUGACGGAAUGGUGAUUGAACUGACCUCAGACUCCAUUGUGGUCAAUGGCAACCCAAUUCAGCUGCCUUUCAGCCAGUCAGGAAUUCUGAUAGAGAGAAGUAGCGAAUAUUUGAAAAUCACUGCCAAGAUGGGCAUGGUCUUCAUGUGGAACCAACUGGAUGGCCUUCUGGUGGAACUGGAUAAGAAAUAUGCCAAUCAGACCUGUGGGCUUUGUGGGGACUUCAAUGGCAUUCCAAUUUACAAUGAGUUCACAUCAAACAGCAUCGAGCUGACUGACGUGCAGUUUGGGAAUAUGCAGAAGAUGGAUGGACCCACAGAGCAAUGCGAGGAUCCUACAUCUUCUUCUCUUUCAAACUGCUCUAAUGAAUUUAGUGCUACCUGCCAGACAGUAUUGACUGGGGAAGCAUUUGUGAGCUGCAAUGCACUGGUGGACGUUCAAGACUAUAUUGACUCUUGCGUACAAGACUUGUGCCGCUGUGAUGAGUCUAUGCGUGAUUUCUGCAUCUGUAACACCUUUGCUGAAUACUCCCGGCAGUGCGCCCAUGCUGGUGGACAACCUCUGAACUGGAGAACUAAAGAACUGUGCAACAAGACAUGCCCUUAUAACAUGCAGCACGAGGAAUGUGGCUCCCCCUGUGCUAACACCUGCACCAAUCCUGAAAGGUCAGCCCUCUGUGAAGAUCACUGUACCGAUGGCUGCGUCUGCUCGCCAGGAACUGUGUUUGAUGACAUUAACAGCUCUGGCUGUAUCCCUGUCAGCGAGUGCCCCUGCACCUACAAAGGUGAAACGUAUAGUCCAGGUGCUUCUUUUGCAUCCCAGUGCACUUCAUGUAACUGUAGUGGAGGCCAGUGGAGUUGUGUCAGCCAUUCCUGCCCUGGGACUUGCUCCAUUGAAGGAGGUUCUCACAUCUCCACAUUUGAUGAGAAACGUUAUUCCUUCUUUGGAGAUUGUAGCUAUAUCCUGACAAAGCUCUGUGACAGUGAUGCCUUCACUGUUCUAGGAGAAGUCCGCAAAUGUGGCCUAACCGACACUGAGACAUGCCUGAAAGGUGUAGCCAUCAGCAUAAGUGGAGGACAAACUAUUGUUGUGAUCAAAUCUUCUGGCAGCGUGUUUGUGAAUACGAUCUACACCCAGUUGCCGUUCUCUGCAGCCAAUGUCACUAUCUUCAGGCCGUCAUCAUUCUUCAUCAUUGUACAAACAAACUUUGGGCUUCAGAUUCAGAUGCAGCUUGUACCCAUCAUGCAACUCUUUGUAAACAUGGACCCGUCCCACAAAGGGCAGACAUGUGGUCUUUGUGGAAACUUCAACAAUAUCCAAACAGAUGACUUCAAAGCCACAAGUGGCAUAGUGGAAGGAACAGCAGCUGCUUUUGCCAAUACCUGGAAAACCCAGGGUGACUGCCCUGAUGUCAAAAACAUCUUUGAGAAUCCCUGUACCCUCAGCAUAGAAAAUGAAAAAUAUGCUCAGCACUGGUGUGGACUGCUGACUGAUACUCAAGGACCUUUUGCUGAAUGCCACUCAACAGUGAAUCCAGAUGUUUACCACACGAACUGUCUGUUUGACACCUGUAACUGUGAAAAGAGUGAGGAUUGUAUGUGUGCUGCCCUCUCUACCUAUGUCAAAGCCUGUGCUGCCAAAGGAGUCCUGUUGAAUGGAUGGAGGACCAAUGUCUGCACCAUAACCUCGUGCCCCAAAUCCCUGACGUACAGCUACGUUGUCAAUUCCUGCCAACCCACUUGCCGAUCUUUGAGUGAGCCCGAUGUCACAUGCAACAUCAAGUUCACUCCAGUUGAUGGCUGUACCUGUGCAAAUGGAACUUACAUGGAUGAAAAUGGCAAAUGUGUGCCUGCUACUAGCUGUCCUUGUUAUUACAAAGGAUCUGUGCUACCUUCUGGAGAGGUUGUUCACGACAAUGGUGUCAUAUGCUCUUGCACACAUGGAAAGCUGGACUGUGUUAGAGUGAAACCAGAACCAGUCUGUGCAGCUCCCAUGGUCUACUUUGACUGCACCAAUGUCACCGCAGGCACAACUGGAUCCGAGUGCCAGAAGAGCUGUCAGACUCUUGACAUGGGAUGCUACAGCACACAGUGCAUCUCUGGCUGCGUGUGCCCUAAUGAUCUAGUGUCAGAUGGCAAAGGUGGCUGUGUACCUGUUGGGGAAUGUCCAUGUGUUCACAAUGAGGCCUCCUACAAUCCAGGAGAAACAAUCAAAGUCAACUGUAACACCUGCACUUGUAAAAACAGAAUGUGGCAAUGCACCAAUGAAUCUUGCCUGGCAACCUGCUCUGUUUAUGGAGAUGGUCAUUACAUUACUUUUGAUGGCAAACGCUUCAGCUUUAGUGGAGAUUGUGAAUACACACUGGUCCAGGAUUACUGUGGUAAGAACAGUACCAGUCUUGGAACCUUCCGAGUUAUCACAGAGAACAUGCCCUGUGGAACCACUGGGACCACCUGCUCAAAGGCCAUUAAAGUCUUCCUAAGGAACUGUGAACUAGUAUUCAGUGAUGGAAAGUUUGAAGUGAUAGAGAAGGUCCGUGGAGGGGAAGUGCCAUACGAGGUCCGUUACAUGGGCAUCUACAUGGUGAUUGACACCGACGUUGGACUGACUCUCAUGUGGGAUAAGAAAACCAGCAUAUUCAUCAAGCUCAGCCCAGAUUUUAAGGGUCAGGUCUGUGGCCUGUGUGGGAACUACGAUGGCAGUGGCAUUAAUGACUUUACCACCAGAAGUCAGUCUGUGGUAGAAGAUGUUCUGGAGUUUGGAAACAGCUGGAAGGUGUCUCCUACUUGCCCAGAUGCCAAGAGCAACAAGAAUCCUUGCCGUGCAAACCCUUACAGGAACUCUUGGGCCCAGAAGCAGUGCAGCAUAAUCAACAGCAAAGUAUUCUCUGCCUGUCACUCUCAGGUUGAACCUAAUGAAUAUUAUGAAGCAUGUGUGAGUGAUGCAUGUGCCUGUGACACUGGGGGAGAUUGUGAAUGUUUCUGUACAGCGGUAGCUUCAUAUGCUCAAGCAUGUAAUGAGGCUGGCAUUUGUGUUGCAUGGAGAACCCCAUCUAUCUGUCCUCUGUUCUGUGAUUACUACAACCCGCAAGGAGAAUGCGAGUGGCACUACAAGCCUUGUGGGUCCCCUUGUAUGAAGACCUGCAGGAACCCAAGUGGAAAAUGCCUUCAUGAGUUACAAGGCUUGGAAGGCUGCUAUCCAAAGUGUCCAGAGAACAAGCCCUAUUUUGAUGAAGAUGAUAUGGAGUGUGUCGAUCACUGUGGCUGUUACGAUACCAAGGGAAAAUAUUACAAGCCAGGAACAUCCAUUCGUUCAGAAGAGAACUGUCAAUCAUGUGAAUGCACAAUGAAUGGCAUUAAGUGUGAAUAUGAUGAAUAUGAAUGCCACUGCACAUAUGAUGGAAAGCAAUAUGAGUAUGAGGAUGUCAUCUACAACACUACAGAUGGUACUGGCGGGUGUAUCAUUGCAACUUGUGGUCACAAUGGAACAAUUGAUAGAAAAGUCUAUGCAUGUUCUACACCCUUAACCACAACACCAUUUUCAUUUUCCUCUUCAACACCUAUAUCCACCACUACAGUGACACCAACUACAUCAGUCUGUGUUCGUGAAGUAUGCCAGUGGUCACAAUGGUAUGAUAUGAGCUAUCCAGGGUCUGGGAUCAACGAUGGAGAUUUUGAAACAUUUGAUAAUUUAAGAGCCAAAGGUUACAAAGUUUGCAAAGCUCCAAAGGCUGUUGAAUGCAGAUCUGAGAAGUCCCCUAACACACCAUUAAGUGAACUAGAGCAAAAAGUAGAAUGUAGUACAACAAUGGGACUAAUAUGUUAUAAUAAGGAUCAGCAUCAAAUGGUCUGCGACAACUUCCAGAUAAAAAUAUUAUGCUGUAGCUUUGUACCAUGUGAAUAUACAACUCCUGCUACCACAACACCUGCAGAGACUACAACAUCCAUCACAAAAACGACCACUUCAGAAACUACUGUAACCAGUAUACCUACAACAACUAUAGCACUACCUACCACCACAGAACCUAAAACAACUACUCUUUCAACAAGUACCAUGACCUCCAAAACUCCUUCAACAACUCCAGUCAGAGAAACAACAAGUGUGUCAACUUCAACUCUUAGAACCACAGCUCCAUCAACAACAAUCCCUGAAACAACUGCUAGCCCUUCAACAGAAACUGUAUAUACUACAGGAGAAAUCACAUCCAUAACACCUUGUAAACCAAAAUGCAAAUGGUCUGAAUGGCAUGAUGUCCAUUUUCCCAGCCUGGACAAUAAAGGAGAUUCUGAAACAUAUGAUGAUAUUAGAGCAGCAGGAAAAGUGAUCUGCAGCAAACCUGAAAAUAUAGAAUGUCGAGCCGAGAAAUUCCCAGAAAAAUCAAUUGAUAACAUUGAACAAAUUGUCCAGUGCAAUGUAUCCUUUGGACUUAUCUGCAGGAAUGAAGAUCAGGAAGGAGUGCUCCAAAUGUGUUAUAACUAUCAAAUAAAAGUAUUGUGCUGUGAUGAUUUUAGUCAUUGCCCAUCCACAUCCACUACUACAGAAACAACAACAACUGCAGGCAUAACUAUUGUUUCAACAGAACCUUCCACCCAGACUCCUACAACUACAGAAACUACAACUUCAACCAUAAGAACUAUACCUUCAACCACCACCACAACAGAAACCACAACCAAAGAAGUUAAAACAACUACUACUCCUUUAACAACCACCCCUAUCGAAACUACAACAAUCACAACUACACCUUUCACUACCACAACCACAGAAACUACAACUACUCCAGGCACACCCAUUGUUUCAACAGAAACUUCCACCCAGACUCCUACAACUACAGAAACUACAACUUCAUCCAUAAGAACUACACCUUCAACCACCACCACAACAGAAACCACAACCAAAGAAGUUAAAACAACUACUCCUUUAACAACCACCCCUAUCGAAACUACAACAAUCACAACUACACCUUUCACUACCACAACCACAGAAACUACAACUACUCCAGGCACACCCAUUGUUUCAACAGAAACUUCCACCCAAACUCCUACAACUACAGAAACUACAACUUCAACCAUAAAAACUACACCUUCAACCACCACCACAACAGAAACCACAACCAAAGAAGUUAAAACAACUACUCCUUUAACAACCACCCCUAUCGAAACUACAACAAUCACAACUACACCUUUCACUACCACAACCACAGAAACUACAACUACUCCAGGCACACCCAUUGUUUCAACAGAAACUUCCACCCAGACUCCUACAACUACAGAAACUACAUCAACAGUAGGAAGUACACAUUCAUCCACCACCAGCAUAGAAACUACAGCAGUCACAACUACACCUUUCACUGCCACAACCACACAAACUACAACAACUACAGGUACUACAACCAUGACAACUCCUCCAACUACUACUACAAUACCAACCACUAGUCCAAUAACCUCAACACCAAUUCUGGACACUUUUACAACUACAACUACUUCAUCAACCAGUACUCAGACCACAACCACCACCGAGUUUACCACAAUAGUAAAUAAAACCACUACACCAACAACCACUGAAAUCACCACGGCUGCAACUGCUACACCUAUUUCAACAACAAAACCUACAUCAUCAAUAACAGUAACAACUACUCCAGCAAUAACCACAAUCUCAGAAACUACAACAGCUGUGACAACUGUUUCUCUAACAACUGCUGGUUGUAUUAAAGAACUAUGUGAAUGGUCACAAUGGUAUGAUAUAAGUUACCCAGGGUCUGCUAUCAAUGAUGGAGAUUUUGAUACAUUUAAGAAUAUAAGGGCCAAAGGAUACAAAGUAUGCAAAGCUCCAAAGGCUGUGGAAUGCAGAGCAGAAAGAUUCCCUAACAUACCAUUGAAUGAGCUGGAGCAAAAUGUAAUAUGCAGUAAAACAGAAGGGCUGAUAUGUUAUAAUAAGGAUCAACUUCCACCAAUCUGCUAUAAUUACCAGAUCAAAAUUGAAUGUUGCCGAAAUGUAAUUGUAUCAUGCCCACCAACCACCCUAGCCACUACAACAACAGUAACAACCACCCCAGCCACUACCCCAAUUGUAACAACUACCCCAGUCACUACAACAACAGUAACAACCACCCCAGCCACUACCCCAAUUGUAACAACUACCCCAGCCACUACUCCAAUGGUAAAAACCACCUCAGCAACUACAACGACAGUAACUACCAUCACAACAAUAUUAACAACCACUCCAACCAUUACCCCAAUAGGAACAACCACCUCAACUACUACCCCAAUAGAAAGAACCACCUCAGCCACUACCCCAAUAGUAAAAACCACCCCAGCCACAACCACAACAGUAACAACCACUCCAGCCACUAAAAUGGCAGUAACAACCACCCCAGCCACAACAACGACAGUAACAACCAGUACAACAGCAACCACAAAAAAAAUUAUUACCCAAAUAAAGACAACUAAUACACCUCGAACCGAAUCUAUACAAAAAGAAACGACUCAAGGAACAUCAAGUACAACUAAAGAAACAACACUGGUGAGUAAAACAACACCAGAAAGAACUCCAGUCACACCAACAUCAACAAUCUCCACAACACUGCCAACUACCACAACUGUAGAAACCACAACUAGUGAAGCUACCCAAAGCACAACGACUACAGGUAGCACCACUCUACCUACCACAGAAAUCCCCACAACUUCACCAAAACCCACAACUCCAGGAACAACCACUUCCUCCACUACAAAGUGUCAUCCAACAUGCACAUGGUCCAAAUGGUUUGAUGUCGAUUUUCCCGCUUCUGGACCUAAAGAAGGAGACACUGAAACCUAUAACAACAUAAGGGCAGCAGGAGAGAAAAUCUGCGCAAAGCCUGCAAAUAUUGAGUGUAGGGCAGAAAACCACCCAGACAUAAGCAUCGAGGAUGUUGGUCAAAUUGUGCAGUGCGAUGUCAAUUUUGGGCUUUUGUGCAAAAAUGAGGAUCAAAUUGGUAAAUUUAAAAUGUGUUUGAAUUACGAGGUACGUGUUUUGUGCUGUGAAGAAAACCUUAACUGCCCAACCCCAACCAGAAGUACUGCAACCACAACUAUACGUACACUACCAACUACAGUCACAAAAACCACCAUUGAAGUCACAACUUCUACGAAACUACCAGGCACAGAAACAUCAGGAACUACCACUGCUGAAACAACUCCAAUCACUACACCUAAAACAACAACCAGAAGCACAACGGGCACCACCUCUCUGCCUACCAAAGAAAUAACCACAACUUCAACGAUCUCCACAACACUGCCAACUACUCUAUCUGUAGAAACCACAACUAGUGAAGCAACCCAAAGCACAACCACUACAGGUACCACCACUCUGCCUACCACAGAAAUCCCCACAACAUCGCCAAUACUCACAACUCCAGGAACAACCACUUCCUCAACUACAAAGUGUCAACCAAUAUGCACAUGGUCCAAAUGGUUUGAUGUCGAUUUUCCCGCUUCUGGAUCAAAAGAAGGAGACAUUGAAACCUAUAACAACAUAAGGGCAGCAGGAGAGAGAAUCUGCGCAAAGCCUGCAAAUAUUGAGUGUAGGGCAGAAAACCACCCAGACAUAAGCAUCGAGGAUGUUGAUCAAAUUGUGCAGUGCGAUGUCAAUUUUGGGCUAGUGUGCAAAAAUGAGGAUCAAAUUGGUAAAUUUAAAAUGUGUUUGAAUUACGAGGUACGUGUUUUGUGCUGUGAAGAAAACCUUAACUGCCCAACCCCAACCAGAAGUACUACAACCACAACUAUACGUACACCACCAACUGCAGUCACAAAAACCACCAUUGAAGUCACAUCUUCUACUAAACCACCAGGCACAGAAACACCAGGCACUACCACUGCUGAAACAACUCCAAUCCCUACACCUAAAACAACAACCAGAAGCACAACGGGCACCACCUCUCUGCCUACCAAAGAAAUAACCACAACGUCAACAAUCUCCACAACACUGCCAACUACCACAUCCGUAGAAGCCACGACUAGUGAAGCAACCCAAAGCACAACUACAACAGGUACCACCACUCUGCCUACCACAGAAAUCCCCACAACAUCGCCAAUACCAACAACUCCAGGAACAACCACUUCCUCAACUACAAAGUGUCAACCAAUAUGCACAUGGUCCAAAUGGUUUGAUGUCGAUUUUCCCGCUUCUGGACCAAAAGAAGGAGAUAUUGAAACCUAUAACAACAUAAGGGCAGCAGGAGGGAUAAUCUGCGCAAAGCCUGCAAAUAUUGAGUGUAGGGCAGAAAACCACCCAGACAUAAGCAUCGAGGAGGUUGGUCAAAUUGUGCAGUGCGAUGUCAAUUUUGGGCUUAUGUGCAAAAAUGAGGAUCAAAUCGGUAAAUUUAAAAUGUGUUUGAAUUACGAGGUACGUGUUUUGUGCUGUGAAGAAAACCUUAACUGCCCAACCCCAACCAGAAGUACUGCAACCACAACUAUACGUACACCACCAACUACAGUCACAAAAACCACCAUUGAAGUCACAACUUCUACUAAACCACCAGGCAAAGAAACACCAGGAACUACCACUGCUGAAACAACUCCAAUCACUACACCUCAAACAACAACCAGAAGCACAACAGGCACCACCUCUCUGCAUACCAAAGAAAUAACCACAACGUCAACAAUCUCCACAACACUGCCAACUACCACAUCCGUAGAAGCCACGACUAGUGAAGCAACCCAAAGCACAACCACAACAGGUACCACCACUCUGCCUACCACAGAAAUCCCCACAACAUCACCAAUACAAACAACUCCAGGAACAACCACUUCCUCAACUACAAAGUGUCAACCAAUAUGCACAUGGUCCAAAUGGUUUGAUGUCGAUUUUCCCGCUUCUGGACCUAAAGAAGGAGAUAUUGAAACCUAUAACAACAUAAGGGCAGCAGGAGGGAUAAUCUGUGCAAAGCCUGCAAAUAUUGAGUGUAGGGCAGAAAACUACCCAGACAUAAGCAUCGAGGAGGUUGGUCAAAUUGUGCAGUGCAAUGUCAAUUUUGGGCUUAUGUGCAAAAAUGAGGAUCAAAUCGGAAAAUUUAAAAUGUGUUUGAAUUACGAGGUACGUGUUUUGUGCUGUGAAGAAAACCUUAACUGCCCAACCCCAACCAGAAGUACUGCAACCACAACUAUACGUACACCACCAACUGCAGUCACAAAAACCACCAUUGAAUUCACAACUUCUACUAAACCACCAGGCAAAGAAACACCAGGAACUACCACUGCUGAAACAACUCCAAUCGCUACACCUCAAACAACAACAAGAAGCACAACAGGCACCACCUCUUUGCCUACCAAAGAAAUAACCACAACGUCAACCAUCUCCACAACACUGCCAACUACCACAUCCGUAGAAGCCACGACUAGUGAAGCAACCCAAAGCACAACCACUACAGGUAGCACCACUCUACCUACCACAGAAAUCCCCACAACAUCGCCAAUACCCACAACUCCAAGAACAACCACAUCCUCCACUACAAAGUGUCAACCAACAUGCACAUGGUCCAAAUGGUUUGAUGUCGAUUUUCCCGCUUCUGGACCUAAAGAAGGAGACAUUGAAACCUAUAACAACAUAAGGGCAGCAGGAGAGAUAAUCUGCGCAAAGCCUGCAAAUAUUGAGUGUAGGGCAGAAAACCACCCAGACAUAAGCAUCGAGGAGGCUGGUCAAAUUGUGCAGUGCGAUGUCAAUUUUGGGCUUAUGUGCAAAAAUGAGGAUCAAAUUGGUAAAUUUAAAAUGUGUUUGAAUUACGAGGUACGUGUUUUGUGCUGUGAAGAAAACCUUAACUGCCCAACCCCAACCAGAAGUAUUGCAACCACAACUAUACGUAAACCACCAACCACAGUCACAAAAACCACCACUGAAGUCACAACUUCUACUAAACCACCAGGCACAGAAACACCAGGCACUACCACUGCUGAAACAACUCCAAUCACUACACCUCAAACAACAACAAGAAGGACACCAGGCACCACCUCCCUGCCUACCAAAGGAAUAACCACAACGUCAACCAUCUCCACAACACUGCCAACUACCACAUCCGUAGAAACCACAACUAGUGAAGCAACCCAAAGCACAACCACUACAGGUAGCACCACUCUACCUACCACAGAAAUCCCCACAACAUCGCCAAUACCCACAACUCCAAGAACAACCACAUCCUCCACUACAAAGUGUCAACCAACAUGCACAUGGUCCAAAUGGUUUGAUGUCGAUUUUCCCGCUUCUGGACCUAAAGAAGGAGACAUUGAAACCUAUAACAACAUAAGGGCAGCAGGAGAGAUAAUCUGCGCAAAGCCUGCAAAUAUUGAGUGUAGGGCAGAAAACCACCCAGACAUAAGCAUCGAGGAGGCUGGUCAAAUUGUGCAGUGCGAUGUCAAUUUUGGGCUUAUGUGCAAAAAUGAGGAUCAAAUUGGUAAAUUUAAAAUGUGUUUGAAUUACGAGGUACGUGUUUUGUGCUGUGAAGAAAACCUUAACUGCCCAACCCCAACCAGAAGUAUUGCAACCACAACUAUACGUAAACCACCAACCACAGUCACAAAAACCACCACUGAAGUCACAACUUCUACUAAACCACCAGGCACAGAAACACCAGGCACUACCACUGCUGAAACAACUCCAAUCACUACACCUCAAACAACAACAAGAAGGACACCAGGCACCACCUCCCUGCCUACCAAAGGAAUAACCACAACGUCAACCAUCUCCACAACACUGCCAACUACCACAUCCGUAGAAACCACAACUAGUGAAGCAACCCAAAGCACAACCACUACAGGUAGCACCACUCUACCUACCACAGAAAUCCCCACAACAUCGCCAAUACCCACAACUCCAAGAACAACCACAUCCUCCACUACAAAGUGUCAACCAACAUGCACAUGGUCCAAAUGGUUUGAUGUCGAUUUUCCCGCUUCUGGACCUAAAGAAGGAGACAUUGAAACCUAUAACAACAUAAGGGCAGCAGGAGAGAUAAUCUGCGCAAAGCCUGCAAAUAUUGAGUGUAGGGCAGAAAACCACCCAGACAUAAGCAUCGAGGAGGCUGGUCAAAUUGUGCAGUGUGAUGUCAAUUUUGGGCUUAUGUGCAAAAAUGAGGAUCAAAUUGGUAAAUUUAAAAUGUGUUUGAAUUACGAGGUACGUGUUUUGUGCUGUGAAGAAAACCUUAACUGCCCAACCCCAACCAGAAGUAUUGCAACCACAACUAUACGUAAACCACCAACCACAGUCACAAAAACCACCACUGAAGUCACAACUUCUACUAAACCACCAGGCACAGAAACACCAGGCACUACCACUGCUGAAACAACUCCAGUCACUACACCUCAAACAACAACAAGAAGGACACCAGGCACCACCUCCCUGCCUACCAAAGGAAUAACCACAACGUCAACCAUCUCCACAACACUGCCAACUACCACAUCCGUAGAAACCACAACUAGUGAAGCAACCCAAAGCACAACCACUACAGGUAGCACCACUCUACCUACCACAGAAAUCCCCACAACAUCGCCAAUACCCACAACUCCAAGAACCACCACAUCCUCCACUACAAAGUGUCAACCAACAUGCACAUGGUCCAAAUGGUUUGAUGUCGAUUUUCCCUCUUCUGGACCUAAAGAAGGAGACAUUGAAACCUAUAACAACAUAAGGGCAGCAGGAGAGAUAAUCUGCGCAAAGCCUGCAAAUAUUGAGUGUAGGGCAGAAAACCACCCAGACAUAAGCAUCGAGGAGGCUGGUCAAAUUGUGCAGUGCGAUGUCAAUUUUGGGCUUAUGUGCAAAAAUGAGGAUCAAAUCGGUAAAUUUAAAAUGUGUUUCAACUAUGAGAUACGUGUUUUGUGCUGUGAAGAAAAUAUAAAUUGUCCUGAAACAACCUCAAUUUUGCCAACAACGCCCACACGAGUAACCACUCCAAUUAUCGGAAGUACACAAACAGAAACAACAGAAGUAACCAUGACAACUACUCACUGCUUUUGCCGAAUUGAGGACACUGUUUAUGUACCUGGUGAAAUGAUUUACAAUGAAACAGACAAGGAUGGAUGUAAUUUUUAUGCCAUUUGUAGUAAAAAUUGUUCAGUGGAGCGAUUUAAGGGACCAUGUAAAUCAACAACUCCAGCAACACCUAGACCUACACCUACAACGUCAACAUCUAUACCAACUAUGACUCCCACUGCAACAGUUAGUUCAACCACUAAAAUUGAGUGUCCUGAUGCUAAACCUCCCAGAAAGACAGGUGAAACAUGGAAGAUAUCCAACUGUACCACUGCAACUUGCGAGGGUAAUAACAAAGUUGUUAUACAGAAAGUGAAAUGCCCACCUGUCAAGAAAAUUACCUGCGCCAACAGAUACCCACCAGUAAAGGUCUUCAGUGAGGAUGGCUGCUGUUACCACUAUGAAUGUGAAUGUGUCUGUAGUGGCUGGGGUGACCCUCACUACAUUACAUUUGAUGGAAUCUAUUACACAUUCCUUGACAACUGCACAUAUACCCUGGUGAAGCAGAUUACCCCUAAAUAUGACAACUUCCGUGUUGACAUUGACAAUUACUUCUGCAGUGCGGAAGAUGGACUUUCCUGUCCUCAGUCCAUUAUUGUUUACUACAAGUACACAGUGGUAGUGCUGACACGUGAACUCUAUAAUGGAGUGAUGGCUAAUAAGAUUAUCUUCAAUAAAAAAGUUGUCAUCCCAGGCUUCCAGAAAGAUGGCAUUUCUAUUUACAUGCUUGGCAUCAACAUGGUUGUUGAAAUACCUGAGAUUGGAGCAACCAUCAGCUUCAGCGGGUUGAUCUUCUCAGUGAAACUCCCAUUCAGCAAAUUUGGCAAUAACACUGAAGGACAGUGUGGUACAUGCACAAACACCAAAACAGAUGACUGCCGCUUGCCAAGUGGUAAAAUUAUUUCUUCUUGUACCCAAAUGGCUCCCCAUUGGAAGGUUGAUGAUGGCAAAAAGCAAUACUGCGUAGGAACACCAACAGCAACACCAGAACCCAGCAUCCCAACUCCAGCUCCCAGCUGUCCCCCGUCUGCUCUUUGCAAGAUAAUUUUGAGCGAAGUCUUUGAAGAAUGCCACGAGGUGAUACCACCACAAGAUUUUUACAAGGGCUGUGUCUUUGAUGCAUGUCACAUGACCAAUACAUCCAUGCCGUGUUCCAGCUUGGAGAUAUAUGCCACUCUGUGUGCCACUAGAGGUGUUUGUGUUGACUGGAGAGGAGAGACCAAAGGCAAAUGCCCAUAUAACUGUCCAGUGGGCAAAGUGUAUAAACCAUGUGGGCCUCCUAAUCCUGCUACCUGUGAUUCAAGAGCUAUUCAAUACAAUAGCGCUGGCCUAACUGAAGGAUGUUUCUGCCCUGAAGGAAAGUUUCUCUUCAAUGAAAACAGUGGUGUCUGUGUCUCUGAUUGUGGUAACUGUAUAGGACCAGAUGGACUGCCCAAAUUACCCGGAGACCAGUGGAAAAGCAAUUGCCAAGACUGUGUUUGUGACCAGUACACUUUUACAGUGCAGUGUACAAAGCGCCCAUGUAAACCACUCCCACCAGUCUCUUGUGAUGACCCAGGGUUUGUACCUGUCCAGUCGCUGACACAAGAAGACCCAUGCUGUGGCCAGACUGAAUGCCGAUGUGACACUAGCAAGUGCCCCGAAUCAGUGGCCAGUUGUCAACCAGGAUAUAAGUUAAUCCCAGAAGUAUUAAAUGGAAAUUGCUGUACUAUCUUCACUUGUAAGCUAAUACCAGGCUGUGUAACCAAUGGAACUUUCUACAUGCCUGGAGCUGUCAUUCCAAAAGGUACCUGUGAAAAGUGCACAUGUUCUGCCAAAGUAGAGCCAGAAAGUCAGAGAAACAUUGUUGACUGCCAGCCCAUUCCAUGUGACACAGGGUGCCCAGUGGGCUAUGAAUAUAAGAUGAAAACUGGACAAUGCUGUGGCGAGUGUGUACAGGACGCUUGUGUACUGAAGAUGGGGGAUAACACAGUCCAUGUGCUUAAGGCUGGAGAAGUCUGGCAUGAGCUUGGUAAUAACUGUACCUUCUAUAAAUGUGAACAAAUUGAGGAUCAGUUUAUUCCUGUCACUGUAAGGAAAAUCUGUCCACCCAUGUACCCAGAAAACUGCAAUCCUGCUGAUAUCAAGCUAAGUGAAGAUGGCUGCUGCAAAACAUGCAUACCACAGGAAAAAGUAGCUUGUAGCCUGCAUAGUACUCCCACUGUCAUCAGACACAAUGAAUGCAACUCUUCUGUGCCUGUGGAACUAACAUACUGCGAAGGCAACUGUGAUACUUCUUCAAUAUAUUCCCUUGAGGCGAAUGUGAUGCAACACAAGUGUAAGUGUUGUCAGGAGGUCAAGACCAGCAAAAGACAGGUGACCCUGAGCUGCCCUGAUGGAAGCACCACUGAUUACUCAUACAUCCAUGUGGAGCAAUGUGAUUGUGCGGGUACGGAGUGCAUCCCCCAAACCACUCCCACCACUCCAGCGCAGGAGCAGGAGCAGGAGCAACAGGAACAGAUCCCCAGCAAAACGGGCAGUCUCAAAACCAGAAAAAUGAACCAAAACCAGGAAAAGUAGAAUAUAAACUGAAAUAAAUCUUUUCACAUUUUUUUCCUAAUAAUAAACAAGUAUCCAAAGCAGCUAGAAUCUUGGACAUACGGAUGAAAUUCCUAUAUGCUAGAAAUUUCUAUUUCCUAAUUAUUUCAACUUCCAUUAUCAACGCAUCUCAUUGCUUUGAGUGUCUUCUUUUAACUUGAGAGGUGCAGGAUUAGGAAAUCUUGAGGUUUGUUUUUUCUCAGCGGUGCUGUACUGUAUGACUGACAGCUUUUCUUUCAAUAGAGUGGGGUGAGUGGAACUAUACUCUAACUAUUUCCAUGGCACUUUUAGAAAGUCCUUGAUGUAAAUUAUAGUCUCUUUUUGGUUUGAAAUUUUCCCUGUGGUGAUUCUGAUAUUGACUGCCCAAGGCCAACCAUAGAACAAACAUCACUGUGUCGUUAAUAAUUUUUCACUAGUCAUGGUCAUUACACACCCACCUGACACUGACUAAUCAUUGCAUUGCAUUAGACAACUGUUAAAAUCCCUUUUGAUUCCAGUUCAGUUAGGCAGUGUCAACAAUUCAAGUCCAGGAAAAACAGACUAUCGCUCUCACCUUCCUACCUUUUUGUUUGUUUGCUUGUUUGUUGUUUUAGCAUUAAAGAGAGUUUAGGUUGUAGAAACAGCAUUUUCUCAACUUCAAACUUUAAAGAUACUGGGGGAGUUUGUGAUGGUGUAGGAAAGGAAGGAAGAAGAAACACUAUCAUAUAAGGCUGCUGCAGAAUAUCCUAUGUUUACAUGAGAUCAUCAGCAUAGUAAAUGUAUGAAAAUUUGGAUCUUUGUAUUAUUUGUUUUUGGUUAACUGUUUACAGAAGAAAUAUAUUUUUGCCAAAAGGGGUAUAUGAAGGAUUUUUGUAAACAAAAGUAAUAAUAAUAGUAAUAUAAAUUCCUUCCUAGGAAGCUGAGCUUUUUUUAAAAUGUUGUACCCUUGCUAUUUAUUUUGUUUCUGGGAAAAAUAAGUGCAUUGGACCAUUUCCCCCACAAUUAAUGUUGCCCCCAUUUUCUAGCAUCAGUGGGUAUCUGGUUGUGGGAUGUUUUCUUUUUCUAUUUUGUUUUGGGUUUUGUUUGUUUCUUAACAGGAAAAAAAAGUUAUCAUGAUUAAUAAACUUUUAGCAUUUUGCAA